UUCAUGGUUCCCUCAUGAUUUUCAUAUUGCUCAAUUGUUCUGUACAUGUUAUAAUGUAUUCUUAUUAUUUUCUGAGCACUUUUCCCAAUUUACAACGAAGACUUGUACCAUUCAAGAAGUGGAUUACUAGAAUACAAAUGGGACAUAUUCUAUUCCUGACGGUAAUCAGUUUGGAAAGUUUCAAUCCUAGCUGCGAUAAGAGUGCGAAAUACUUUGGUGCCAUGUCAUUUCUUAAUUGCACGAUAAACUUGUUAUUUUUUUUCAAUUUUUAUACUUCUUAUAAGAAAUCGAAAACAGCCUGAUUACGAAAGUACAAUUUUGUUGAAUGAGCACUGCUGCUGUCGGCUCAACAAGAUUCAU